AUGGGCCCUCCAUCAAAACCCCAGACAAUCGCCCACCGCGGCAAAACCAAACACCCAAGCUCCACCAACCCCCGAUCCUCCCACUACCCCGAGAACACCCUCGAGGCCUUCCGCGCCGCCGCCGCCGCCGGCUGCGACGCCAUCGAGACGGACCUCCGCAUCUCCCGCGACGGGGUCAUCGUGCUCUGCCAUGAUCGCUCGCUGGAGCGGUGCUAUGGGGUGAAGAGGUUCGUCGACGAGUGUCCGUGGGAGGAGCUCCAGACCCUGCAGACCGCGCAGGCGCCGCACGUGCAGAUGCCGCGGCUGGUGGAUUUCCUAGCGCUGCUUUCUGAGCCCGGGUGGGAACGGUUGUGGGUGUUGUUGGAUAUCAAGGUGGAUAAUCUCCCCGAACGGAUCAUACCGCUUCUUGUGCGGGCGUUCGAGUCGGUGCCCUGUUCUACGCCGUGGUCGGAACGCGUCGUGCUCGGGUGCUGGUCGUCUGCGUACUUCCCGCUGUGCGAGAGCCGUCUCCCCGGUUUCGAGACUGCGUUGAUCUGCUUCGAUCUGUGGUAUGCGCGGCGGGUUCUGCGUGGGAGCGGGGCGUCGGUCAAUGUCAAUCAGAAGGUGCUGAUGGGCAUGGGGGGCGGGUUUCUGGUGGAAGCGCGCGCCGCGGGUCGGCGGGUGUUUGUGUGGACUGUGAACGAGCCGGGUUUGAUGCGGUGGUCGAUCGAUCGGAAGGUCGAUGGGGUUAUUACGGAUGAUCCGGGACGGUGUCGGGCUAUGGUACUGGAUGCGACGAAGGGUACGAGUCCGCUGGGGAUUCGAGACGGCGAGAAAGUCACUGUUUCGCAGAGGGCCCAGGCAUGGGCUAUUUCGCUUCUGGUAGUCAUGUUUGGAUGGCUCUUCCGACGGAGAUUGUUGUCUAAAUUGGAGAAGCGAAACAAGAGCGAGUAG